CAAUCCCAGUGGGAAACUUUAGUCUGGGUGACUGUUAAAGUCUGGCUUCAUUCCUCCAGGGGAGACGGGACACCAGCAUGCGGCACGACAAAAAACAUUUUUAACAUUGAAGAUUCGCCAUUUGGAUCUGCGUUUUUAUUUAAGCGUUUUAUUUUGCCUUUUUUAAUUUGAUUGUUUUGUAGGUUACGCGGUGCUGUUAAAAGCAGUAGUUCCCCUUGGUGUGCAUUAGCCUACCGAGCGUCGUGAUUCACUAUUAAUUUACGGAAAUGAAUAUACCGCAGGAAAUAUGUGUUUAUUUCUUUUCUUUGUCAGCGCUCCUGGUACUAUACACCAUGAACAACGUUCCAGUCCUCCAACAUCCACAGGUCAUCCCUGUCUUCGGAGUCGCCGUGAUGCUGCUGGUGUUCCUGGCGGUCCGGCUCGCCGUCCGUCACCGACCCCCUAAAGACCCCCUCUUCUACGUGUAUGUGGAGUUUUCCUUCACCUGUGUGAUCAGCCUGGUCAUGGCCCUGGAGCAGGAGGGCUACACCUCGGGGUUCAUGGGAUUCUACCAAAAGACGGGGGAGCCGUACAUAGUGACAGCGUACGCCAUUAUGAUGGCAUACUGGGAUGGCAUAGUGCACUUCCUCCUGUACCUCUUUAUGGUGCAGCGCAUGGCCAAUGGGACGUCCUGCCGCGGUAUGGGGCUGUUCUGGGCGGGGUCGCUGUUGGCCAACAUGACCGUGUACGUGCCGGGGAUCACCAUCGGAAAAUAUGCGGUGUCCAUUCUUCCUACCUACUGGCUGAACUUCCCCUUCCUGUUCGGGGCCUUGUGGGGAGCCGUCUCCCUUUUCAAUAGGCCGAGGGAACUGCCAAUCAUACCGGCCGACAGGGUGGCAGCGGAGCAGAGGCGCAGUCUCUUGUCCCGGCCCCUGGACCUGCUCCUGGUGCUCUUCCUGGUUACGGCCAUGGGGUUCACCAUCUUCAGAGGAAUUGUGGUUCUGGACUGUCCCCUGGACUCCUGCUUCACCUACAUCUACCAGUAUGAGCCGUACCUGAAGGACCCGGUGGGCUUCCCGCGGUUCAUGAUGCUGCUCUACCUGUUCUAUGGCCUCCCACUGCUGGCCCUGCUGGCCUAUGGGCUGUGGACGCCUGGCUGCACCUGGAUGCUGGACUGCUCUAUGCUCCUCGCUGGAGCCAUCGCUCAGUGCCAGUGGUGCCACACUGCCGCCUCCCUGCACCGCCGCACCCCGUUCACGUACCGGGUCCCUGAGGGCCACCGGGUGAGCGUGGUGGCGCUGAACGUCCUGUACGGGGCCGGGCCCCUGCUCCUCGCCCUGCGCUGUGUCCUCCGGCCCGCCUUCUUCCUGAAGGCCGUCCCUCAGGGGCAGGCCAAUCACGAGAAGAAGAACGACUGAGUGACAUCCCCCUCUCAGCCUAUCCACAAACCCAAAACACAAGCCCGCCCCCCUCCCGCUCGACCCCCCCGACCUCGGCACCAAGCCCCCACCCAACCGCGUUACCACAGCAACCCAGAGUCCGGGGCGGAGAUCAUGGACCAACCACCGCACAGCUACGGGUGGAAGGUUAUUUAUGAAGACUGUGAACAUUGGGUGAAUUUCUUUAUAUUUCCUUCCUUGGAAAUAUAAAGCGGUGCGAUCCUGCACUGAGUUGGCAACCUGUCCCCCCCCCGGCAAAUCUUGGACUGAUGGACCUGAGAUUACCACAUCCGCCGCCUUACAAACGGAUGAGUCAACCACGCAACGACCCCUGACCCGCAUGGCUACACUCGUCCUUCCGACGGGUGGAGUUUGGACUGGAUCAGUGACGCCAGAUACCAAUAAAGACGCGUACAAAACACAGGACUACUGAAGAACGGAGACCACGGAACAGUCGCACAAAUCACAGAAUCCUGCUGCAUUCGGGGAUUUUUCUCAUUGGUCGAUAUUCAAAAUUCUGAAUAUUUGCAUGUUUCAUAUUCCAAGCUUUCCGAAUAACCUGUUUACAUCCUAAAUGGUAAAUGGUUGGCAUUUAUAUAGUGCCUUUAUCCAAAGCGCUGUACAAUUGAAUACUCCUUUGUAUUAUUUUUGUGUGUGUGUGUGUGUUACUAAUUAAA